AUGGUCCUCCACCCUUUCGAUCCCAUCACGCCGGGUGAAAUCACUCUCGCCGUGCGCAUCCUCGAGGCCACAUUUCCCGGGGUGCAAUUACGCUACAAGCGCAUUGAUUUGAACGAACCUAUCAAGAAAGAUGUUCUUCCUUACAUUGAAGCGGAACGAUUGCGGCGGCCGCUGCCACCACCACCGACCCGCCUGUUAUAUGUUCUCUUCCACCGCCUCGACAGCGGCGCAUUCUACAAGGCCAUUUUGAAUGCCGAUAAGCGGUCUAUCAUCUACGCGAAGGAACUCCCAAGGGAGGUGCAAGGUCCCAUCGACACCGAUGAAAUUAUCGCAAUUGAAGAACUAUGCAUGAAGCACCCGGCGGUGCUGGCCGAAAUCGAGAAGCUACAUUUGCCUGCGGGCGUGACAGUCUGCAAUGACCCAUGGAUGUAUGGCACGGACAACGAGAACGAGACGCGGCGGCUCUUCCAGUGCUUCAUGUAUAUUGUCGAGGUCGACCACCCACAGAACAACCACUACUCGGUGCCGUGCAAGUUCUCUCCCGUGUUUGACGGCCUCACCCACGAGUUGAUUCGUAUGGAUUACCUGCCCGGUGGGGGUGAUUUCGAUGUCACGACCACCCAACCUUGGAAGCCCGUCAAGACAAUCCAGUAUGCGCACGACCUCCUGGAUGAGCCUCUGCGUACCGACCUCAAGCCAUAUAUUGUGCAGCAACCAGAGGGUCCGUCCUAUUCGGUGGAUGGCCGCUCUGUCUACUGGCAGAAAUGGCGUUUCCGCAUCGGUUUCAACAUUCGGGAGGGUCUGAUUCUCUAUAAUAUCACAUACGACAAUCGCAAUGUCUUAUACCGUCUUGCCGUCUCUGAAAUGACCGUCCCCUAUGGAGAUCCUCGUGCCCCAUACCACCGCAAGCAGGCAUUUGAUGUCGGUGACACUGGCUUUGGUGUUAAUGCCAACCAACUGUCUCUCGGGUGUGACUGCUUGGGACACAUCAAGUACUUUGACGGCUACCGGAACGACUCCAAGGGUAACCCGGUGUUGUUGAAGAAUGUGAUUUGCAUGCACGAGCAAGACAAUGGCCUGCAAUAUAAGCACACCAAUUACCGGUCCGGAGAUGCGACGGUCGUCCGCAAUCGUCAAUUGGCGCUGCAAAUGAUUUGCACGGUUGCCAACUACGAGUAUAUCUUUGUCUACCUUUUUGACCAAGCCGGCAACGUGGAGCUGGAAGUCCGCGCCACCGGCAUUCUCUCCACGGUUCCAUUCGACAACGAAAACGGCAAGACGGUUCCUUGGGGCACCAACGUCGGGCCGGGUGUCAUGGCACCCUUCCACCAGCACAUGUUCUCGCUGCGAAUCGACCCGGCGAUUGAUGGGUUUAAGAACACAGUGUACUACGAGGACAGCGUCCCCAUGCCAGAAGACGAGUCCAACCCUUACCUCGUGGGUUAUACCACCGAGUCCACAGUCAUGAAGAACGCCAGCUGGGCCAACACCAGCGUUGACCGCCACCGCGUCUUCAAGAUCCGCAAUGACAGCAUCACCAACCCCGUGACAUAUAAGCCCGUGGCAUACAAGCUCCAGACUGCCCCCAGCCAAAUGCUUCUGGUCAACCCGAAGGCCAUAGGCCAUCGCCGUGCCGAGUUCGCCACCAAGCCGAUCUGGGUGACCAAGUACCAGGACGACGAGCUAUACGCCGCCGGCGAGUUCACCAACCAGAGCCGCCGGGCCGAAGGUGUCGAGACCUGGGUGCAACGCAAGGACAACACCGAGAACGAUGACGUGGUCCUCUGGCACACCUUUGGUCUCACCCAUAACCCCCGCGUCGAAGACUUCCCCGUCAUGCCCAUGGAGCGCAUCAGCGUCAUGCUCAAGCCCGACGGAUUCUUCACCAAGAACCCGGCCCUCGACGUCCCGCAGUCCUCGCAGGCAUUCAACAAAUCUACUUUGCAUCUCGAGGAGAAGGCCAGCGCUUGCUGUGCCGGUUCCUCGGCUGGGACUGGCAAGGCCAAGUUGUAUAAGCGCAUUGAGUAA